AUGUCGUUUCUGGAGCCCGCGCACGAAACGGACGCGCAGAUGCUGCAGCCGCGCGCGCCGGAAGAGCGACCGGACACGCCCGUCGGUGAGAGGGAUGACGUGGCAGGUGAAGAGAGACGGGGUGGCGAUGCGGACGCUGCGGCCAGGGGAACGGAAUCAGGAACACCCGCUUCCAUUGAAGCUGGGAAACAGAGAUCAGAAUUGCCGAUGGAGGGUCGAGACGCGGGUGAGGCGGCCGCAGGGGGGGAACGGGUGGCUCCUGCGGAUGGGCAGGCGGUGAGCGCGGGUGGGGAGGGACUGGGUGGAGACGAGGGUUCUCCAGAGAUUGGGUUAGUGCGCGGGGAUGAUGGCCCUGGGGAGGCGGGAGGGCACACGCAGGUGGCGGCAGUCGGAAUCGCGGACGGGGUAAGCGGGGAUUUCCCAGCGGUGAGUGCAGCUGUGGGUGCCAGCGAGGAGGUGGGGGGAGAUGGAAGCGACAAGGAGGAGGAUCGGGAGAGCAGCGGGCGGGAGGUGGCGUCGCUGCGGCGGCAAUUAGCGCAGCAGCGGGAGGUGAGCGCUGUGAGGGAGACGGCGCUCGUGGAGGAGCUGACGUGGAUGAAGGGCGAGCUGACGCGGCUGCAGGCGGCCGCGCGGGAGGCGGAGAAGGGGAGGGAGGAAGCGGAGAGGCGAAGAGCGGAGGAGGAGCGGAGGCGAGACGAGGAGGCGCAGAAGCUGAGCGCGGAGAGUGGCGCGCGGGAGAAAGCGCGGAGGAAGGCGGAGGGGGAGGUGGAGCGGCUGCAGGUGCUGUGCGCGCAGCUGCAGGCGUCGCUGGCGGAGGCGGCGGAGGGGCGCGAGGCGGACGCGAAGGCGCGCGAGCAGAUGGCGCGGAGGGUGGAGCGGAUGGAGGACGAGCUGGAGGCGGAACGCGUGAAGGCGCGCAGCCUGCAGGCGGAGAUGGCGGACGUGGAGGCGGGCGCGGACGAGGAGAUGGGGGAGCUGGAGGAGCGCGUGGGCGCGCUGGAGGCGCGCGUGGCUGAGCUGGAGGCGGAGAAGAAGGGCAUGGCGCGCGCGGCGGAGGAGGAGAGGCGCGAGUGGCGGAGGAAGGUGGAGGCCGCGGAGGCCAUGGCGAGCGCUGCUGCUGCCGUGCAUAAGAAGGACCUGGAGGCAGUGGAGAGGAAGCGGGAUGCGGCGCAGCAGCAGGUGCAGAAGCUGCGAGAAGAGGUGGCAGGAGCAAACAAGGCGCUGGCGGAGGCGAGGGAGGCGGUGAGAGUGAGUGAGGCGGAGCGGGCGGAGCUGGAGGAGGUGGCUGGGGAGAGAGAGGCCAGCAUGGAGGCUGCUCGCACCCAGCUCACUCACCUGCAGGCCGAGUUGGAGGUAGCGCGGAGGGAGGCAGCGGAGGGCGGGGUGAAGGUGGCAGAGGCGAUGGCGGAGGUGUAUGCAGCGAGGAAGGAGGCGCGCGCACGGGGCGUGCAGGCCGAGGAGACCCAGCAGCUUGAGGCCAGGCUCUCUGCCGCCACCGCUGCUGCUGCCAGUGCCACAGCAGAGGCGGAGGAGCUCAAGGGGAAGGUGGCGGCGGGGGAGAGGGAGGUUAAGGAGGUGCGGCGUGGGCUUGCUGCUGUGGAGGCUGAGCUGGCGCUGGCCAAUCAGAGAGCGGCGGAGGCAGAGCAGCAGGCCGAGGAGGCGAAGAGGCAGCGCGCGCAGGCGGAGGGCACGAGUGAGCAGCUGAGGGAGGAGACGGAGCGCCGUGCCAAGUUAUUCAACGCCGCUGUCAAGGCUGCUGUCAGCAGGAUACAGUCGGAGUUGGAGGAGGAGCGGGACGAGGCGUUGCAGCAGGUGCAGCAGCAGGGGGAGGCGAUGGAGCAGAUGAGACAAGACAUGCGAGCUCUUGAGGUGCGGCUGGUGGAGGUGGAGGGGGAGCGAGUGGCGCUGGAGAAGAGGGGGGAGGAGGCGGAGGGGAGGGAGGUGCAGCAGCGGGUCGUCGUGGAGAGACUGAGGAGGGAGGUGGAGGAGGGGGAGGGGCGUGUGAGAGCAGCAGUGGCGGAGGCAGAAGGGGAGAGGCAGGCAAGCAAGCAGCUGCAAGGCAAGCUGGCAGAGGUGGAGGCGAGGAGGGCAGAGGCAGAGGCGGCGGCGGGGGCGAGAGAGAAGGAGGUGGAGGCACUGCGGCACCAGGUGGCUGACAUGCAGCGCGAGAGCACCUCGCUCAAGGUGGCAGCGCUGGAGGCGUCCAACAGGGCAGGUGAGGAGGAGCGGCGGCUGCAGAGGAGAAUCAGCGAGUUGGAACAGCAGGUGGCCUCUGCUGCUGCCCGCGCUUCCAAGGUGGAGGAAGCUUCUGAGAAGGAAGGGCCCAGGAGAGUGAGCGGUGAUGGUGCGGGGAGCAGUGGGAGCAGCACGGCGGUGACAUCAUCGGCCAAGGCGCGGGCGGCUGCGGGUGGGGGUGGGGGUGGGGGUGGGGGUGGGGGUGGGGGUGGGGGUGGGGGAGCAGGGUGGAGCAACCCAUUGGAGGGGUUGGGACUGGAGACGGUGCGGUGGAAGGAUAAGCUCAAGGCAGAGAGCGAGGGCGAUGUGGAGGCCGGGCCACCAUCUGCUGACAGAUUACGGAAGUCUCGCCUCGCACAUUCAAACCAGAAUCUGGCUGCCACGUCAGCAGGCACACUGGCCUCACUGGUUGGUUCGGCCCGCCGCCUCUUCUUUGAGGAUGAUCCACACUCCCUUUCUUCGAUCGUGCCUUCCCCCAACCACACCUCCCUUUCCGCCCUUUCUACCCGCAUCCUUCCAUCAUUCGAUGCAUCUCCCCGCCUCUCCCCGCCUCACCCCGCCUCCUCUCGCCCCACCCCGCCGUUCCCCGCCUCGCCCCAAUUUGCUCUGUUCGCCACCCCUUCUUCAACAGCCAUCUUUUCUUUCUCCCACUCCGCAGUCAAGCUCGCAGUACCACUUGUCCUGCUCACCUCCACUGCAGCCAUGGCGGACCCCCCGUCUCACUCCGGGCGACCGCCUCGCACGCCACGGACCCCGACGCUUCGCAGCAUACCGACGUUGCGACGCGGGAUGAGCAAGCGAGAUUGGGAGCUGGAGCACGACGACAAGGAGCGGCGGCGGCGCGAGCGGAAGGAGCAGAAGCUGGAGCGGAAGCUGCACGACCUGGAAUCGGAGGAUGACGCGGAGCGCAGCGAGGAUGAACCCGGUCACCACCACCGCCGCAAGGGACCCAAAGUGCCGAUGCUGAAGAAGUUUAAACAGACGAUGAAGAAGAAGAAGUACCAGAAGCUUCUGGAGAAGCUUCAGGAGAUUCAGGACGAGCGGACGGAGGAGGAGUUGGCGAAGGUGGGCGAGCUGCGGAAGGUGCUGACGGCGCAGAACCUGCUGCCGCCCCGAUUCAACGAGCACCACAUGCUCCUCAGGUUUCUGAAGGCGCGCAAGUUCGACAUGGAGAAGACGACGGAGAUGUGGGCCGCCAUGCUCAAGUGGCGCGAGGAGUUCGGCGUCGAUGAAUGCCUCAAGUUCGAGUUCCCGGAGCUGGCGGAGGUGAAGCGCGUGUACCCGCACGGGCACCACGGCGUGGACCGCGAGGGCCGCCCCAUCUACAUCGAACUCAUUGGGCGCGUCGACGCCACCAAGGUGCUGGGCAUAACAACGAUGGAGCGGUUUCUAAAGUACCAUGUGAAGGAGUUUGAGCGCACGUUCGCCCUCAAGUUCCCCGCCUGCUCCCUCGCUGCCAAGCGCCACAUCGACCAGACCACCUCCAUACUCGAUGUCGCUGAAAUGGGCAUGAAGAACUUCUCAGCAGAUGCGAGGAACUUUCUGGCCAUGGUGUCGAAAGUAGAUGGCGAUAACUACCCCGAGACGCUGAAUCGGCUGUUUGUGGUGAAUGCGGGGUUUGCCUUCCGGUCGCUGUGGUCGGGCAUCAAGGGCAUGCUCGACCCCAAAACCGCCUCCAAGAUCCAGGUGCUGGGAACGGACUACAAGAAGAAGCUCUUUGAGGCCAUCGACCCCAGUCAGCUGCCGGACUUCUUUGGCGGCACGUGCACGUGUGAGGGCGUGGAGGGCGGGUGUCUCAUGUCGGACAAGGGGCCGUGGCGCGACAUGGAUAUCCUGAGGGUGGUGCGGCUGCAGCGCACGGGCACCCUCAGCGGCGGCAACCCCGAGGACUUGCUGCGAGGGGGGCGCAUCCGCUGGCAGUCGGGCCAGUUCAAGAUGGACGCGGAGGACAUAGGCGACACGGGCAGCGAGGUGUCGGACCUGGACGACCUGGGCACGCCCUCCUUCAGCGGACUCACCACUCCCAACUUCACCCUGGGCCAGCAUGACCUGCACAACCUCGACCUCCAUCUCAGCUCGCUCAACUCGAGCCGCUUCUUCAACGACCCCACCACGCCCUCCUCCGCCGCCGCCGCCUCGCUCACCCACGCCGCCUCCGCGCGCCGCUCCGCCAGCAUGCAGCGCCGCGCGCCCACCUCCACCUCCACGCAGCGCGCUGCAGGGCCGUCCCUCUCCGGCUCCGCCACGUCCAGUGACGACGAGCACGAGGUGUCGCGCACGGGGUCCGUGGCAUCGGAUGACCGCAGCGGCGAGCUCAGCUCCACUGCCAUGAGUGCCGGCGCGGGUAGACGGCUGAGUGUGGGCGUGGGGGAGGUGACAUCUGGGGCGGGGGGCACGCCGGGGUCAGCAGUGUCGGCGUUGAGAGCGGGCGGCAGGGGGAAGCAGAUCUCGACUCCGCCAUCCAGAAACUACGGCACAUCAGCAUCAGCAUCAGGCAGGGCAGCGCUAGCAGGCGUGCCCAUGAUGGCGCCCUCCUCCUCCCCUGCGCCCGACUCACUGGCAGCAGCCACGGGGCUCGUGUCGCUGCUCAUGUCCUUCUUCUCAGCUGUCGCCAACCUGCCGCUCCUCUUCUCCCGCAUCGUCAUCACCGUCACGCCGCCUGCUAACCGCCUGGAGGGCGGCGGCGGGGCGGCAGGGGAGGCGAUGGCGCCGCCCGGGGCGCAGGCGAUGCUGACGCCGGAGCAGCUGCUGCGGCGCGUGCAGGAGCUCGAGAGCCAGGUGGAGAAGCUGGCAUCCAGUCCGUCCACGCCUGCACUGGCCCCGCGCCCAGAGCCCCCGCCGUCGGACUGGCCGCAGCCGGCAGUGGAGCGCGUCACGGCCCUGGAGUCAGAACUCGCCACCACCAAGAAGAUGCUGAAGGAGCUACUGGACAGCCAGGAGCAGCUGAGAGUGCUCAUAGAACAGCUGCAACUACGCAAGCAACGGAGAUUCGGCGGAUGCUUUGGUUGA